AGGUAGUGAUGCUGGCUCGCGCUGGACUGGACUCAGUGUCAGAGACAGAGAGAAGGAGAAUCACGACGAAGAUGGUCUCACUACGCGGAGUUCCCCUCGCGGAUAGCCUGUGUUGGUACUGAUUCGGAGUGUUCUCCCGGAUAACUCUGCUUCGAGGAGUUGCUUCAUGUUCGGAAAUUGCUAAAGAACUGUUAACCCUCAGAUGUCCACCAGAGAUCAGACCACCAGAGAUGACUGAUGUGGAACCUGUUGUCUCUGACUUUGAAGCCACGGGCAGGACUGGCCGGCGGAAUGCAUUGCCAGAUAUUCUAGGUUCCACAGCUGGUCCUGGAGCUGCUGACCUACCUGAUAAACUAGCUGAGCUUUCAGUAGGAGAUGAUGGCGAACAGGGCGGAGAGAGCUCAUCCUCGUCCGACCCACCUAAAGAAACCACAGAGGGGGCAAAGACAGAGGGCUCAUAACUCGGCAGUGAUCUGACCUCAUGAGAGACUCACACAUGACCUCCCUCUACUCUUGUCCCAUUGACCAUACAACUGUUACACUCUGUGCUAUGCAACACUGAGAGCACCUAUGAUUGGCAUUCGGACGAGGGCCAGCAGGAAAACAGCUCAUUCCUAUUACAGGAAAUCAUCUGAAAUUGUGUUUUUCAAAUACCAACGAUUGUUCAUUUCAUACCUCGAUGACUUUGUCAAAUUUGACUUUUUUUCCCAAAGACUCGCUGUCAUGAUUUUCCUAACAACCAGCUGUUUUGUGUGUCUUAUGAAAACAGAUGUGACCUGCUUUCCCAUUUUAAAAAGGAACAUUUUGUUUUAGACUUUCCAUAAUAGCAUUUUUUCUCUGAAUGUUGACAUGUAGUGGCAAAAAUGUCUCUUUUUGCACAAAAAAGUAAAUACAUUCCAUUUGGUGAUGUAAGUAAAGUUUUUUAUCUUACGAUAUUUGUCUGUCCUUGUAAAACACCACAUCUUCUGUGUUUUGUAUUGUAAAGAUAUGCAUUGUUAACAUUCUAGCCAGAGAAUAAGAAACAGUGCUGAAUAACAUGUAAUAUGAUAUUUUCUUCUUGUAAAUACAGAAUUGUACAUUAUAUUUGCUAGUUUUGUUUAAAAGCCUUUUGUUUUGUGCGUAACUGCUGUCAGUGUUGCCCUGCGUGAGCUGAAAUUGGAUUGUUAGCUGUCUGAUGUAUCUGCAAACAUCCGUGGUCAUGUCAUUCGGAUGUCAUCUUAAGUGCUUGUCUCAGAUAUUUCUUUGCUGGUGUCGAUGGCAGUUGAAAAAAAAAAAAAAAAAAAAAAAACGAUUGUGGAGACUUGUUGUUCUUCCUCUCUUUCAUCUUUUCAUCAUGCUUCCAUCAGAAAAUUAGAUUUCAUUUGAUUUCAUUUUUUACCUGGCCAUAAAUCUUGUCAUUUUGUCUGUUGUAAGCUACAUGUAAAAUGCCAUUAUGCUAUGUUUAAAAACUACAAUAAAUCCUGUGCUUAGUUUC